AUGGUAUUUGGUGAUAGAGGUUCUGGGCGGUUGGUUGGGCUGAUUGGGGAAAACGGUGGAGCUGCAGACGCCAAAAAUCUACGGGUGAAGGUGUGGGAAGCGGUGGGAAUAGAGAAUUGCGGACUAAAUCUCCUCCAAAAGAUAGUCUGUGACUGUCAGCGGGCUGUUUUGGUCCUCCUUGGCUCCUUGGCCGAGCCUAGGUCCAGUCCUUCCACUUCUAUGUACCCGACUCUUGAUGUGGGUGAUCGUGUUUUAGCUGAGAAGGUUUCAUAUCUCUUUAGAAAGCCUGAGGUUUCAUAUAUAGUGAUUUUCAAGGCACCUCCAAUCUUGCAGGAAAUUGGCUUUAGCUCGGGCAAUGUAUUUAUAAAAAGAAUUGUGGCCAGGGGUGGAGAUUAUGUUGAGGUACAUGAUGGGAAAUUGUUGGUGAAUGGUGAAAUUGAAAAUGAAAAUUACAUAUUGGAGCCUCUUGCCUAUAAAAUGGAACCAAUUGUUCAAUUACUUACGAGGACUAUGUUGCCUGUUUUGCUUGAUUCACGCUGCUCAUUUCAGAAGCGUAUGUCUUUGUGA